UUGAGAUUAGUAGAAAGUUCAAAACUUUAGCAAAAAGUUGAUUUUUUUCCUUAAUUUGCAUAAUUAACGGUAAUCAUGAGUCGUCAGAAUUUGCUCGAGUUGGACGAAAUUACAGACCGCCGUCCGAAGACUCGACUCCCACCCAUGCCACCCAUAAAGUCACGACGCAUCCCUCAAUCCUCCCCCCUUCAAACUGCAACGUCUUCUCGACGCCAACAAAAAUACGGCGGCGAUGAUGAAGGAGAUUCAGAUUCCGCUAUUGCUUCCAUUUUGGAUGAAACGACGCCAAAGGCAAAACCACGACCGAAACCGAGGUCACAUCACCAUCGCGAUAUUGAGGAUACCGAGGUCACAACGAGGUCACGCGUUAUUUUGCCAAGUAAGAAUUCCUCCAGUGCCUCACUCUCCAGUCCAGGUCGUGGGGAUGGACAUGUCUCCAAAUCGGCGUACGACAAUCCCACAUUCUAUCGCGAUCAGGGGGACGACGAAGGUCAUCGAGGUCACUGUAAAUCUAGUUUUCAAACUCCUCCGGGAAGAGAUGAAGGUCACCAUCGUGGUAACCGAUUUAAAGAAAUUACGACGGAUUCUGAAGCAAAUAUGGAAGGUGACGAACCAGAAAAGGACCGUAAUCCGAAAAAAGCGUCACCAUCAUCUAGAAAACGCAAUAAACAUAAGCCCCCAUCCGAUUCCAGGCGAGGAAGUAUUUCUUCACAAAAUGUGAAACAAGGCCAAGGUGGGCAUGUCACGGUUGAGAUUGAAAAAGAGGUUGAUAAACAACCGGAUGUUGUGGAGCCUCCUCCCACAAAAAGUAAGCCUCUGGGUCGAAUUUGGCAGAAAUUGUUGUCCAGAGGAGGGUCCAAAAAACAAUCGAAACAAGAACAAUCCAUUGAUAUCGCUGAGGCGGAUCCUCCGAUAACCAACCCCAACGAUAAGGAUAAGAGCGAAAAUAAGAACAAGGAAAAGCUGGAAAAAGUGAGCAAAAUUGAUAUCGAGUCAUCAUCAUCGGAACAAGACGAUGAUAACCCCACGCCUUUAUCAUCCCGUAAGAAACCUCCAAUAACAAGGAGCCCGAAAUCAUUAUUCCAAAAGAACAAGGACAAAAUAAACAUUUCUAAACCAGAUUCCGACUAUCACCCCCAACGGAGUCGUCAUUCUCCUCCCGUUCAAUUAAAACGCAGCCCAAAUAUAAAUGUAAAAAGGGACUCCGACAGUACCAACACUGACGACGAUGAUGAAAUCAUGACAAUACGCGACAAAACACGACCAACAUCGUCAUCCGCUAAAAAAUCCGUGGUGAGGACAAAAGCACGUCCCCAAGAAUCUAGUCCUCCUCAACGGAAUAAAUCACCACCACCCGCGGAGUAUGACCCAGCCCUCUUUUUCGGAAUCAUGAUCCACUCCUCCGACCUGCUCCCACUUGACGCCAACGUUCUUCACCCACUCGUCAAGGUCACCCUGUUAACGCAGGAUGGUAAACCGGUAAAGAAAUGUGACCCUUAUACCGUCCAAAAAUCGUCGUCGUCAUCUCCAGUUUCCGUUCCCAAAAAGCCGAAGCACUACAGAGGUCACGUGCAUGAAGAGAACGUCCUUCCCGUCAUGACCCAACCGUUCCCAUUUUCCUUUGCUUCUGCUGACCCCAAGGUCAUUCCCGCCUGGGAAGAGCUUCUCCUUUUUGAGGAGCCUUAUCAUAAAUUCCUCUCCCAAGUUGGGCAUGACCUUAUCGUCUUUUUCGAAAUUAUGGACUUCCUUCCCAUGAGCAAGGUCACCGGUCCAACGUGGCAUGAUGGCGUGCAUGGGCAUGACGUAGGAUGGUACAAGGUCGCGUGGGGGUUUCUAAAGCCGGUGGGCGCAAACGGGAUAUCCAACACGGAUAAGAUGUUGAGACUCCAGUUGUUUAAACCGUUGGCGAAACUGAGGAAGAAGGAGGUGUUAGAUGGACCGGAGGUCUACUCCUGGUGGAAAUGCGGCCGACGAGAAAAGUUGAAAAACACGACGCUCUACGUGACCGUGAAGGGAAUCUGCCCUCCAGUCCCGACCACAAACUCGGCCACCUCUCUACGUCAACUCCUCUCCAUGCGGAAAGAAAACCUUACCGACGCCAUCAUCGAGGCACAGUUGUCCAAAAAGGACGGGGAACGAAAACGCAGUGGAAGAAAGCCUAAAAAGACCGACCCCCGCAAAUCAACAGCCUGGACCCGUCUGGAAGGUCAGAGUUGUAAAGUGCCAAACAAAUUGGUCGCCGCCCUUCCCUCGUCGCCUAUCGAGUCCCUCAAUUUAACCAUAUCUGGGAACGUCCACGCCGUCAAGUUCUCUCCCUGCGGGUUGAAACUCGCCGUUGGGCUGGACACCGAAGACCUCCACGCCGUCUUGCUCUUUGAUAUCCCGACCGGAAAUCUGCUCAAGAGCUUGAAAAAUCAUCACGGCCUGAUUUAUGACUUGGCCUGGAAAGAAGUCAGUGGUGUCGAGGGGUCGUCGUAUUAUCAGUAUUUGGCUUCUGCGUCGGCCGAUUCGACCGUUUGCAUUUGGAGCAUGAAGAACAAUAACGAGACCACUUUACGCAUGGUGAAAACCCUACAUCAUCCCUCUUUCGUGUACACGGUCCAAUUCCAUCCUACCCACGACUCUCUCGUCGUCACGGGCUGUUUCGAUUUUAUCAUUAGAAUUUGGGACAUUGCCCGUCCCACGGAAAGUGUUGUCCCUACCGGCGAUAAGAUUAAUAGUCGUCGCAAUAACACGACAAGGGAUCGAUGGAGCGUACAAACAGCGUCGCCACUAUUUAUUUUGGAUCGCCACUCUAGUUUUGUAAACUGCUUGACCUUUGACCCCACGGGAUCUUACCUCUUUUCCGGUGAUGGGGACAGCCUCCUCUUCAAGUGGAGUAUAAAAUCUGAAAAGUCUUUGACGAGACGAAAAUCCUGGACGAUUGACAGAGAAGUGAAACUGACCGAAACGGGAAAAAUUCCCAUCAAUUCGCUAUCCCUGCAUCCAAAUGGUAUCCGACUCUUGGUCCAUUUGAGAGAUAACUGUCUCAAAAUAUUGGAUGCAAAUAGUUUAAUUGUGUUAAAGACGGUUCGAGGAUUGAGCAAUGAUCGCCUACAAAUCCGGAGUACUUUCUCUCCCUGUGGAAAUCUCAUCCUUUCAGGAAACGAGUCCACUUCUUUUUGUAUUUGGGAUGCUGAUACGUACACGAUUGCCGAUUUUAUAACACCAAAAGGUCACCCCUCUUCCGUCAUCACCUGUGUCGAUUACCACCCACGCGACUUUUAUGUGGCGGUGGGCUUAUCAUCCGCGAUAAGUGAACCCAGCCCUGUCCUCUUGUACGGUUACGACUCGCCAAAGUUCUCCCAAAUCGCAAUGGUUCAGGCCGGAGUGGCAAAGUUCAAGUCAAAUUUGCAGCAUAGGAGAGAUGUCAAGCCAGGUCACAGUGUAACAUUCGCCAAGGGCGCGAAACGUGGCGACAGUUCAGAAAAAUUUGCCAGCAUCAUUGAUAAAUUAGACUCUGCGUUAAAGGACAGUCAAAAAAUGAGGAAGACAAUAAGGUCAAGUAGCGUGGACGAUUUGAAGGCGACUGACCAACUACAAGCCAAAAGACCAAGGGAAAAGAGUCCACAUACGAUUUCAUUAAGGUCACGCGUAAAUAGUGGGACAAAUUCAGGGCAUGAAAAACCGACCAAAUCGCCACGAACGUAUAUUGAAGAUCGUUUAGAGGAACUGAUUCUACCAAGUCAAAAAUCCACCACAACAACGGUUGACAUUCAUUCCGAAAAUGGUGGUCAACAAGAUGAUGACACGGAAAAGGUUCCAACCAAAAUCAUACAAAUUGACCAUGACCAAGAUUUCUUAUCGCCUAAAAAACUACCAAAAACACCUGUCGAACAAAGUUCCAAGAUUCCGACACGCGUAAGGUCGUCUGAAGAACGGAGUCAAACCUCAAAUUCGGUACCGUCCUCCCCCUCAAGUCGCACAAGAGGACAUAUGAAUCCCGAUGACACACGUUUUUUAAAAGAACUUCAGAAUAACACGAUUUCAAAAUCAGACUAAAAAUGUCUAAACAUUUUCAAUAAUU